AUGGCUGCUCGAAGUCGAAGAGCAUGGUUUAGUGUUCUGUUGGGACUGGUAGUUGGGUUCACUCUGGCUUCCAGGCUGAUUUUACCCAAGGCGACCGAGCUGAAGAAAGCCGGACAAAAGCGGAAAGCGAGCCCCGCCGCUUGCGGGCUGAACGGGGGUCUGAGGAAGGAGCACGGCGGAGUUCUGUGGGCGCCGCAAGUCAACGGCUCACCGGCCACCGAGAAGCCGGGCUCCGGCUCCAGCAAUUUCCUGUUCGUCGGAGUCAUGACUGCCCAGAAGUACCUGAACAGCCGAGCCGUGGCGGCGCACAGAACCUGGGCCCAAACUAUUCCAGGCCGCGUGGAGUUCUUUUCCAGCGAGGGCUCCGACACCUCCAUCCCAAUCCCCAUAGUAGCUCUAAAGAAUGUGGAUGAUUCGUACCCGCCCCAGAAGAAGUCUUUCAUGAUGCUGAAAUACAUGCACGAUCACUAUCUGGACAAGUACGAGUGGUUCAUGAGGGCAGACGAUGACGUGUACAUAAAGAGCGAGAGGCUGGAGAGCUUCCUGCGUAGCCUCAACAGCAGCGAGGCCAUCUUUCUGGGCCAGACGGGAAUGGGAGCCCGGGACGAGCUGGGCAAACUGGCCCUUGAGCCGGGGGAAAACUUCUGCAUGGGGGGGCCGGGGGUCAUCAUGAGCCGCGAGGUCCUCAGGAGGAUGGUGCCCCAUAUCCGCGAGUGUCUACAGGAGAUGUACACCACUCAUGAGGACGUGGAGGUGGGCCGCUGUGUGCGGAGGUUUGCCAGGGUCCAGUGCGUCUGGUCCUAUGAGGUAAGAUUUAAUCUCCUCUGGUCCACACAUUUACCCAUCUGGGCCCACGAAGCUUUGUCCAUACUGGUUUGUUGA